CUCGCGCCGUUGGGGGCGUUUCAACAUGGCAGCCUCCAUUCAUGCCAGUGAACUGUUAAACGUGAUCUAAAAAGAGCUUUAACUUUCCCCAGAUUUCAGCGAAAUUGGCCGUAUUUGGCCGUAAUCAAAGGCGGAGGUACACGGGCCGUGCAUAAUGGCCUUCAGCACACGUUGUUUUUCAGGCCUCUUUAGACUUAAACUGGUUCCUAAGCUAAGUCUGCGGUACGUCGGAAGCGACGGAAUCCACCGUGUUCACAAGCAUGGCGGAAUGGGCAUGUCGGAAGGGGCACAGUUAACAUGGUUAAUGACGUCGGGGAACGUUUUGAAGAGGUUAAUGAGUGGCCAUACUAUGAAGGUCACUCUGCAGUUUUCUCGACCAAUGAGCCAACUCUCCAAUGACGAUGCAGACACUCAACGAAUGCAACGAGUAUUUGAACAGUCCAGUAGGCAACAAACGAAAGGGGACGGCGGGAGCAGGCUCAUUUACGAGGUCCGCGGUCUGGGCAUGAUGCGCUUCUGCACCCUGUUCUUCUAUGCCACUGCUCUGGUUGGCCUCUACAUGUCACCGGAUCUCAUCUCUAGCGCCCUGGAGCACGAGACGGUCAACAGCGAGAUGAUCUUCGGUUUUUUGAGUGUCGGCUUUGGGGUGGUGGUACUUCCCGUCCUCCUAACAAUGUUCAACAGCCGCCUGGUGUUGCGCAUGUAUUACAGCGAAGUGCACAAGUCUUACGUUGCUAUGACACAGACUCCAGCCCUGACUCUCAGACGAGCGGAGUUCCGACUGAGCGACGUUGUCCCUACUGUGAAAAACCCUAACUCCAUUCUUGGGUACUUUAAAUUGAACACACUGACUGCCAAAGGCCGCCCUUACUUUGUCAAUCCCUAUAACUUUAAGCUGCCGAGUGAUUUCAAUCAUCUCAUGGGAUACAAUUAAAUUCAGAUUAGCGUUGGAACUUCUGUUUUCCUCUGCAGUGUAGCAGGCAGUAAAUUAGUGGAGCAUGGUGCUGAAAAAGGAGUUAAAUUCCUGGUAGUAACUAUGUGUGGGGUAGUCUGAGGAUCAGACUACCCCACUAGACUACAAAAUGUGGAACCUGUUUGGAAAAAAACAUCACAUAACAAUUUUAGAGGUACGAUAUAGAGAUAUAAAAUACCAGCCAAAUGUUUAAAAAUAAACGUGCAACCUGUUCUUAAUAAAUAAACAAAACAAAAAUUGAAGCCACAGCCAGUCAAUCCUUUGUGUAGGUAGGGAGUUCUUAAAAUUAAAACUACCAGCUAUUACACAAAUUAGAACAUUAAUUGCAUGUUCCAAAAUGUAAUUGUUUUAUAUUCGAAAGUGUAGUUGAUGUUUUUAUUGAGAGCUUUUAGUUGGUUUCUAUUUUAGAAUGUGUAAUUGGUGUUUUAAUAUUAAGAGCUCCCUGCCUACAUAAAGUUGGCUGACCAUCAUUGGGAAAAAACUUUUUUUCAAAUACGGCCCCCAAAUUAAGUUAUU